AUGACGAUCAUUAUUGCUUCGCUUUUCUUGCCUCACCAGCCUCAGUUUGAGUUAGAAGGGCCUGUUGACGAAAGCCAGGGGCUUGUGAAUGCCAAUUUAGUUAAAGUGAAUGCUUCGAGCGAGAGCUUGGGACGCCAGAGGGCUCCUUCAAGUGCCGGGCAGGAGCUUUUGAAUCCCACAGAUGGAGGGGGUUCUCGAACAGCUAGCCCUGCUCCUUCAAGUGGAUUGUUGCAUGAAAAACCAUUGAGUUCAGAGAAAUUUAUGGAAAGUUUGACCGCUCAGGGCACUCAGGCUGGGACGCCCAUCAAUCCGGCUGCGCAAGCGGUACAGGGUGGUUCUGCACAGGACUUCUUCGCGAAUCGCGAUGUUAGUUCACCAUUUGGGUCUGUUCCUGGAAGCCCAGGUCUUGAAGCACCAACUGCAUCCCAUCCGGACUCGACCGCUAAUCUUUUGAAGAAUGUUAAUAAGUCAUUGUUGUAUCAAUCUGUGCUGAAUAGUGCGAAUUCUUCACAAACGGAACUCGAUGGUCCACCUAAAUUGAAUCGUGUCUCUUCGAGUACCGUAGUGACACCAAAAUCUAGAGCUGUGCCCGAUGUUAGCUCUGCGGUGGUGGAUUUCGCCAAGGUUAAGAAGCAGCAACAACAGUCGGCUCUGCCCGCCAUGAAACGGGUUCCACGUACCGUAUCGAUGAAUAGCGGGUCUGCCAAAUCUGGUCCUUCAAAUUUGAAGUACUCGCAGAUCGCUAAGGACAUGGAUUACGACGGCGAAAGCUGUAUUUCAGAGACAGAAUCCGAGUAUGAGCUAACUAAUGGGUCUGAUUCGGAUAUGGAGCUCGAAGGCAAGAAGAAAUAUCACGUUCCAAAGUUUGGCGGGUAUUCUAAUAAUGCCAAAUUGAGAGCCUCUUUGUUGCAUAGUUCGCACGAGCUAUUUGGACGUAUACCAUGGACCAUAGUGCCUAGCCUCAAAGGUAACGGUGCCUUGAGAAACGCUGUCUUUAAUGCCAAGGCAGAGAAAAUCAUUAGUGAUGAAGUGAGGUGGGUCGGGACUAUCGGUAUCCCAACGGAUGAAGUUCCCAAUGACGUUUGUGAGCACAUCAGCGACAAGUUACAAAAGGAGUUUGGCUGUGAAGCGGUCAUUACCGAUGAUGUGACAUUCAAGGGCGCCUACAAGAAUUUCUGCAAGCAGAUCCUAUGGCCAACUUUACACUACGAAAUCCCAGAUAACCCAAAUUCGAAGGCUUUUGAAGAUCACUCUUGGAACUAUUUCCGCCAACUGAAUCAGCUGUUUGCGGAAAGAAUCAUCAAAACCUACAAGUCUGGCGAUACAGUUUGGGUUCACGAUUAUCAUCUGAUGUUGGUACCUGCAAUGGUCAGGGAUGCUUUGCCGCAAGCAAAGAUCGGUUUCUUCCUACAUGUGUCUUUCCCUAGUAGUGAAGUUUUUAGAUGCUUUGCUCAAAGAGAGAAGAUCUUGAAGGGACUGCUCGGUUCCAAUUUUGUGGGCUUCCAAACCAAAGAAUACGCCAGACAUUUUAUGCAAACUUGUAACAAAUUAUUGAUGGCAGAUGUUAUAGAGAAUGAAAUCAAAUACAAGGGUAAGAUCGUCGAGGUUAACAAUACCCCAGUUGGUAUCGAUUUGUUCAACUUAAACGCAAAAUUGAAGCAUGAGAAGGUCUUGCAAUGGCGUCAACUAAUUAAGGAUAAGUGGAAUGACAAAAAGUUGAUUGUUUGUCGUGAUCAGUUCGACCGUGUCAGAGGCCUGAAGAAGAAGAUGUUAGCCUACGAGAGAUUUUUGAGACAGAACCCUGAAUACAUUGAAAAGGUUACCAUGAUCCAGAUAUGUAUCGGUACUCAACAAGAUGCCGAACUGGAACGUUCCAUUAUGAUUGUGGUCGACAGAAUCAAUUCAUUGUCUCCAAACAUUAGUACAUCUCAACCAGUAGUAUUUUUGCAUCAGGACUUGGAUUACGAGCAAUAUAUUGCUUUGAGUUCUGAGGCAGAUAUGUUUAUGGUUGAUCCAUUGAGGGAAGGUAUGAAUUUAACCUGUCAUGAAUUCAUUGCAUGUUCCGAAGAGAAACACGCUCCACUAUUGCUAUCUGAAUUUACCGGUAGUGCCGAAAUUUUGAGAGAAGGCGCCAUCUUGAUCAAUCCAUGGGAUAUUCAAUGCGUCGCUGACUCUAUCAAGGAGGCUCUAGAGAUGUCACCAGAGGAGAAGAGGUUACACUGGAAAACGAUGGUAAAGAGCGUGAUCAACAACGACUCCGACAACUGGAUCGUUCGCUCAUUACAAGACAUCAACAACGCCUGGGAAUUCAACAAGGAAAGAUCUACCGUUUUCAACCUAUCUGCGGACCACUUCUUGAACGACUACAAGAACUCAAAGAAGCACUUGUUCAUCUUCAAGAUCUCUGAACCCCCAACUCACAGAAUGAUCUCUAUUUUAAACGAUCUAAGUGCCAAGAACAUCGUAUUCGUCAUGAACUCUUUUUCAAAGACAACCUUGGAAAGUUUGUACAGUCGUGUGCUGAACAUUGGUCUAAUAGCUGAAAAUGGUGCCUACGUUAGACUCAAGAAUAACUGGUACAAUAUUGUCGAACAGGUCGACUGGAAAAAUGAAGUGGUCAAGAUUCUCGACGACAAAGUGGAGAGACUACCUGGUUCCUACUACAAGAUCGCAGACUCUAUGAUUAGAUUCCACACCGAAAACGCAGAAGACAAGGACCGUGUAGCCAGUGUUGUCGGAGAGGCCAUAACCCAUAUCAACACUCUGUUUGAAGAAAAGGGAAUCCACGCCUACUUGCACAAAAGUAUCGUAUUUGUCCAACAACGCAACCUAGCGCUAGCGGCUGCCCAGUUCCUACUGAGAUUUUACAAUAGUAGAACAGACUCCGGCAACAGCAGCUCCGUACCAGUGACACCUAAUGAUAUCGGCUCUUCCGUAAGCCCUCGUGGCGGCUACUUCUCCACUACGGGCAAAUCACAGUAUCACGUCGAUUUCGCUUGUGUCACUGGCUCCUCAUCACCCAUCAUCGAGCCUGUUUUCCAACUGGUCAAAGAAGAAGUCGCUCGCGGCGCCUUACGUUACGGUUACAGCGUAGUCUACGAUGGCAUAACUUCUACAUAUGCCAAGGACCACAUCGACGGUCUCAACGAGCUUUUCACCCUGCUCCAAGAGGUUACAAAGACCUCUCAUCGCUAG